UCCCACACGAUCACGUUCCAUUGCGGCAGUACGGGGGUGGGUGGGUUGCCCUUUUGGGAGGCCCAUUAUAGUACCGCGGAGAACCAGGUGCUCCACAUUCGAUCCGCACGCCACCCGACUGCCAACGAUCGCGGCGACAUAUCCCCAACGUGGAUAGCCGCUGUCGACACCGUUAGUCGCUCAUUCAGUUGGCCGCGCACGCUCGUGGAACACACUUGGAUAGCUCGGUGAAUUCCGCUGGCACCUGUUGUACCUUCACCUGUGUUCCAAGUUGAACAAUUUGCUUGUGGGACAAAUCUAAUCGCAGUGAAAGUGGAUUUCAGAUUAGAAGCGAAGCGAUAGGAAUAACAAAUUCCCCAUUCGAUCGGAAUUAUACUUUAAUGUUUAGUCGGUCCACGAUUUUGGUUACGAACGAGUGCGUUAACUAGCCGGCAGCAUGGGCAUCAAGGUCAAGGAGACGACCCCAGGGCAAAUCGAGGAGCUGCGGGAAAGGUUUAAUCGCAAAUAUGCCUCAUCACCGCCAGCAGCACCCUUUCAUCCAACCGAUAUUGAUCGCAUUCGUAAUGAAAGCCUUUGGCUACAGAGAUUCCUGGAAAUGCAUGAUCUCGACAUUGAUGCGGCCUUUAAUAAGUUGUGGGAGACCUGCACCUGGCGCCAAUCAUAUGGGGCUAAUGACCUCGACGAGAGCCAGCUGAACCAGGAAUACCUAAAGGAGGGAUCUAUAUUUGUGCACAGCACUGAUAUGGAUGAAACGCCCCUGUUAAUAUUCCGAGUGAAACUUCAUAGUAAAUCUAAGAAUCUGGAUGAGCUGAUCCGCAUCGUAGUGUACUGGGUGGAGAGAACCCAGCGGGAACGGCACUUGACACAGCUGACCAUAUUCUUUGACAUGGCGGGCACGGGGUUGGCCACCAUGGAUUUGGAUUUCGUUAAGCGGAUUGUGGAGACUUUUAAGCAGUACUAUCCGAAUGCCCUGAAUUACAUUUUGGUGUUCGAACUGGCCUGGGUGCUAAAUGCUGCCUUUAAGGUCAUCAAGGCUCUUCUGCCACCAAAAGCAGUUGAGAUUUUGAAAAUGAUAUCAAAAAAGGACAUCAACCAGUACAUAACCAAGGACAAAUGCCUGGCCAGCUGGGGUGGCGAGGAUGACUACGAAUUUAGCUUCGUGCCGCAGGCCAAACAGGCUGCCAAGCCGGUGGCCGCCAAUGCCGGAGAUGAUGAGCAGUUCGUGGACAAGAAGGUCACCUUUGCCAACACCGCUCCAUUGGUGCUCAAGGAGUCCAACAUCAACGAGAUGCACACUCCAUCCGAGGCCAUGCUGCAGAUAGAUCCCAAGGAGUUUGUCAACUUUAACUCCAAGAAUGCGGAAGCUACGCUGAACCUCAAGUCGAUUGCCAAGUCGGCUGUGACCUAUAAGAUCCAAACCACAUCGCCGGAAAAGUUCCGUGUGAAACCCCGCUGCGGGAUCAUCCAGCCGAACCAGGAGGCCUCUAUUAAUAUAUGGCUCAAGUCGGAGCACCAGCUCAGUGGAGAGAGCAAGGACAAGUUCCUGGUCAUGGCCAUGGUGGCUCCGGGCAAUGAAUGCGGUGGUUCCGACGUGACAGAGCUGUGGCGGAACAAAUCCCCCUCAGCGGUGGAUGUGGAACAGCACCGGCUGGUCUGCCGCUUUGAAGAAAACAAGCCGAAAGCACCUCCGGAUUGUCCAAACAAGGCCAGCAAGGCCAGUGUAGACGGCAAAAAGUGCUCCGGUCAGGGGCAUGAAUCGUCGAUAGAGCGACAGUUGGCGUUUACCCAGAACCUGCAAUAUGUGACGCUGGCGCUGCUAUUGCUGCUCUUCGCCGGCUUCGGAUUUCUGAUGUACCAGCAGUUGGGCCACCACGCCUCCACCUGUCCCAAGGCGACGGCGUAUUCGUGCGCAAAGCGCAAAUAAUAUUUACUUUCUCCGUGUAAUCUGACCAGGCAGGAGCUAAGCGAUGCCGCUCGCAAUAGCCACAAUAAUAACGACCACGAUUGCGACUGCCCAAAACUGGGGAACUGCGCCUGUGCUUUUGAUUUGAUGGAAUUGGGUCUGGACUGCGCCGAUUCCAUUGACCAAUUCGACCGCGAAUGUCUGGAAACCCUGAUCCAGACGCAUCUGCAGCUGUGCCGCAGCUGUCAAGACAUCAGCGACCGGCAGCUGGGCGGCGUUGCUGCCGGCGGCCAUCUGCUAGGACUUAUAGCCUUCGCAAGGAAGCUGGUGCGCGUCGUCCUUUCGCUGUCGCUGCUGUGCGGCAUCCUGUUUGUGAGCUUCUACCUGGGCAGCAACUACGGCGGAAACUCCACCACCACCACCAUCACAACCUCCCUAGCCACAGUCGACUCAGGCAGAGGCAAUCGUCAGCCGUGUUACUACUCGUAGUCAAGCCAAAAUCCACACUUAUAAAAUCCAGGGUAGUUCGAUUUGUUUGCUAGAAAUUGCGAUUUGUACGUUAAUGAUCAAUUUUUACCCUUGCCUGAUUUUUACAGAGCAAGUAGGAACAGAAAAUAUUAAAUUCUUCAUAACUACUUGAAUGGUUUGCAAGAA